AACAAAUCAAUUUACGAACACGCCGUAAAUAUUCAUGCAAUGAUGGAAGUAAAAAUGGAAAUCUAACAAAUGUUUGAAUUCAGCGCAUCAGGCAACACUGUGUUCGACAAACAACAUUCGCAGAAAAGGAAACAAAUAAAUAUCAUCAGUUAUCAAAAAUUGCCACAGAAUCAUAAUUUUUUGUUCAGUAUGGAGGACCUUUUGAAAGAAUCCAUAUCUUCGUCUGAACUGGAGAAAAUCGAGAAAAAAUAUAACCAAGAAUUAUACGAGAAAACCCUAUCAAAUACAACGCAAUUCGAGUAUGCCUGGUGCCUGGUCCGGAGUGAUUUUGCCAACGAUAUGAGAAAUGGCGUCAAACUCAUGGAAGAUUUGUGUGUGAAGGAUCCCGAUGGCAAACGAGACUACAUCUACUACGUAACCAUCGGCUACACCCGCCUUAAGGAGUACUCGACGGCCAUGGAGUUUGUAAAGGCAUUUCUGGAAAUCGAACCUACCAAUCAGCAGGUCCUACGCUUGGAGGAGUACAUCAAGAAAAAGAUGCACACCGAGGGCAUGAAGGACGUGGCCAAGGCGAGCGGAGCAGUUCUCGUAAUCGGAGGAAUUCUCGGUCUCGGGUUGGCGGCAUUGGCAUCCAGAAAAUGAAAUUCGGCCAAACAUUAAACAAUAACGGCCAUGCUAUGUAGUACAGGAUUUAUAAAUUAUGUUGAAACGGUUAUAUGCAUGAAGUGGACAUGUUUCUUUUAAUGAGCUUUUUUAAGGUUCCAUAAAUAUACAUAGAAGAAGAAAAAAUGCUAUGAAUUAUUCCAAAACACUUAACUUAGCUGUUGCUUUUUCCGUUCCCAAUGUCUCCAAUAUAUUUGAAAUGUUAGACUCUCAAGUAGCAAUCGACUCGAAUUGAGGAAACAUUCACAUACUGGACGUCAAGUAUAUUUUCGAAUGAAUUUUUGUUGCACACAUCUAAUCAACCAUUUAUCUAAAGAGAAUAUUUUUGAAUAUCAAUGAAAAAAGUAAUGAUCACGAUACUUGUUUUGUAAAUUUUCCUGAACUUGUGAUAUGCGUUUGUACCUAUAAAUUUCAAACAUUAUAGAAAAAAGGAAAAAUCGAGACGACGUCGUCAACCUUUGCUGGAUUCCAAAGAGCAUACACGACUGAAAGGGGCGAAAUAAUACACAGUAAGAUUGCACAUAAACUGAAACAAUGUAAUAUGUACUAGAAUUAAUCAGAUCAUAAUAUAUCAGAAUGCACUCUAUAGUAUAAUA